AUGAGCAGAUCGAAGCCGAAUUGCUUUACGUACGUGCAUCCGAUCGACAAGCGGGUCCAACUCUACGAUUAUGACCCGAGACAGCAGCUGAACACAUUCAAAGAAGCUGCCACGCAAUUCAACUUGUCAAGGGGAGAGUCCGAUGCGGUGGAGAACUUGCUGCUACAUAUCUCCCCAGCGAGCCGCGAGAUGCUGACCAAAAUGUCGUCGACUUUUGGCAUGGUGAGAGGCCCGAUCACGCACUCGGGCAUCGCUUCCAAAGCACUCCGAAACAACUUUCACCGUGAGUCGGGCAUCGCCUUCUACCAAGACAAGCUGGGCAACGCUGAGGGGACUGUGGAACUCAUACUCUCCCGGGUGCACAAGGACUAUAUCAACACGGCCGUUGGAAUGCGAGCGUCUGCUAGCGAUGACAGGAUUCAGCAGCUGCAGAAGAUCUGUCGCAUGUUCCAGUUGUUCUUGGAGCUCUUGGAGACAAAGCUUUCGGAAGAGGCGAGCUGUCACUUUGUCUUCAUGGCCGAGCGCCCCAACCUGGUGGAGUCCUUCAUGAGCGGAAGCUUCGACGAUGAGCUGCUCGAACAAGCAGACAAACUCCCUGUCCCUCUCGACUGCGCAGCCCUCCCGGAGUUCCGACACUUGACGCAACGUGCGGCGAACCAGCUCAGGAGCGAGGAGCUCAGAAAGAAGAAAGAGCUUCAGGCACAGGUCGACAAGGCCUCGAUUCAGAGCCUCACGGAGCAAGUGACGCAGGACGUCGAGGCCUUGAAGGUCUAUGACAAAAGUCUUGCCGAAGCGAAAGAGCUGUGGGGUGAUAUGGUGCAAUCAUACAAAAGGAAUCGUCUGAACAAAGGCUUGACAAGAGUCGACGAGAUCAUGAACACACGCCUGAGCGUGCAGACUUUAGAGGUGGGCGGCCCAAAUGGUGGGUUCAAGUCCAUCCCCAGGCACUACAACCUCUUCAAGAGUGGUGCGGCCAAGGACAUGGACCUGAAGGACAUCGUCGAUGCCGACACGGAGACGAUCUGCGUCAUCGACCUCGCUUUCAAAACCCUUCCGCUCCCCAGCAUUCAAGAGAUGAUCAAGGCUGCCAGUGACAUUUGCCACCAGUCGUGCCAAAACUGUCUUUUGAUCAGAUUGCCGACUAAGACCAAAGCAACCACGAUGACAGCACACCUCAACUUGACACGGAAAAUCGAAGACGCUUUGCUAGCAAACUCCUUAAACCCAGAGUAUCACAUGACAGCGGUCUUCGAUGUCGCGUCGCUGCACGGGGGUGACUCACGAGAAGGAGUUGCGAGGUUUCGUUUGUGUCUGUCGGAGAACUAUGACGGAUCGCCGUGGCUGACAAGCUUUGUGAGCAAGAACCACUGGACGGUGGAAAAGGUGCCGCUCGUCUCUCACAAGGAUAUGAGGCUUGUGCCUCACGCGGAUGCGCAGGAGCAGAGCGACGAAAUUGGGGUGAUUGUCGUCGAUCCAGCACCCGGGUAUGGCGACGUCGUCGAUGCAGUCUGGGCCCUGAAUCAAGCCUGGGAGAAAGGAGCAGACGUGCCCCUGUUCAUCGGCAUCAACUUCUACUGGCCCGGCAACGACUCCGAAAAAUCCAAGGCUGCAGGCAUGACUUCGUAUGUCAAAGGCCUUUUGAUGAGGACCUGGUGGGAAACCUGUCAGGAGGCAGGGGACGCCGAGCCCAAGCGAACAGAUGCAACGACCGUACACCGGCCAACCUUGCAGGUCCUGACUUGGGACGGCAUGAAGGCAGUCGUUCCCGACAUGGUGACAGAGAGGUUCAGAGACGCGGAGGAUGACGUGCGCAGCGAGUGGACGGUCUUGUGCAAGAAUGUUCAGGACGAAACUCCUAAACCCCGAACCCUAACCCCAAAACUCCUAAACCCUGAACCCUGA